UCCUGCUUGGCACACAAACAUGGGGUAAAUAGGGAGGCACUGUCAUUGCACUUGACUGUCCGGUGCUUAAAAAGAAACAAACACGAUGAUUUACACUAAACUGGCUCGCACUGACUUUUAAGAUGAAUUGUGGUCACACAUCACUAGAAGCGUGGCGGGGGAAAAGAUGAAAAGAACACCCUCGGGCAAAGUUGUCCUUUCAGCCUCUGAGAAGUCGACCCCGUGGCUUUUACCCUCUGGAGUUUGUCUCACUCACAGCAUGCAGGAGAGUCGCAGUUCCCGUUGGUAUUUUGGUGGAGUCUCCUCCACUGCAGCAGCCUGUGUGACCCAUCCACUGGAUCUGAUUAAGGUGCACUUGCAAACACAGCAGGAAGUGAAGAUGCGGAUGAUUGGGAUGACUCUCAAUGUAGUGAGAAGAGAGGGUUUUCUGGCGCUCUACAGUGGCCUCACUGCUUCCCUCUGCCGGCAGAUGACAUAUUCUUCAUCAAGGUUUGCCAUUUACGAGACUGUCAGGGAUAAGAUGAAGAGAAAAACCAAAGGCCCCCUGCCUUUCUACCAGAAAGCCCUCCUGGCUGCCUUUGGAGGUUUGAUGGGCGGUUUCAUUGGAACCCCAGCUGACCUGGUGAAUGUCCGAAUGCAGAACGAUGUUAAGUUGGCAGCAGAGCUCAGGAGAAAUUAUGCUCAUGCCUUUGAUGGACUCUUGCGUGUUUGUAAGGAAGAGGGGCUGAGGAAACUGUUCUCUGGUGCUACUAUGGCUUCUUCCAGAGGUGCACUGGUUUCUGUUGGACAGCUCGCCUGUUACGACCAGUCCAAAGAGUUGGUUCUGGCUACUGGUUACCUGACUGACAACAUCCUCACUCACUUCCUGGCGAGUGUGUUUGCAGUAAGUGACUCAUGUCUGUCACUGCGCAGAAACAAAAACAUCACAUCAUGUUCUGAAAUAAACCCUCUGUUCUUCUUUUCUGCACAGGGUGGCUGUGCCACAAUCCUGUGCCAACCACUUGACGUUAUUAAAACAAGAUUAAUGAAUUCAAAAGCUGAAUAUAGGAGUGUGUCUCACUGCAUAAUUGAAACAGCAAAGCUGGGGCCGAACGCGUUCUACAAGGGUCUUGCUCCUGCAGGGAUCCGCCUCAUCCCUCACACAGUCUUAACCUUCAUAUUCCUCGAGCAGCUGAAGCAGCAUUUUGGUGAGAUGGUCGUUACCUGAAGGCGUCCUAGAAAAGUCAUCCUACGGCCAGGAUUUCAGUGGCCCUCCAUGUUCCACAGCGUGAUCAUGACACCAAACUGAGCUGGGGUGCAGUGAAGCCAAGACACAUCACUCUGCUUGCUAUAUUUUUUCCAUCCAUAGCACAAAAUAAAAAUGUAUUAACACCCAAAUCUCCAGAUAAGAAUGCAUUUGUCAUGAACUGUACAAUUAUAAACACC